GGAAAUAGACAAGUCCGGACCCUCGCGUACCUUGUCACUCCUGACAUUUGACCCUUAUUUGGUUUCGAGUUUUCGAUAAAGCAUCUUCAGCAGCCAUGACGAACAGCGACGCAAGCAAAACCUCGGAAUUCGUCGUCAAGGCGGGACUGGCCCAGAUGCUGAAGGGUGGUGUCAUCAUGGACGUGACAGACGCCGCCCAGGCACGCAUAGCCGAAGAAGCUGGCGCUUGUGCCGUCAUGGCUUUGGAGCGUGUUCCGGCCGACAUUAGAGCGGAGGGUGGUGUGGCGCGCAUGUCUGACCCGGGAAAGAUCAAGGAGAUCCAGGAUGCCGUGACUAUUCCCGUCAUGGCCAAGGCACGUAUCGGUCACUUUGUUGAGUGUCAGAUCUUGGAGGCCUUGGGCGUCGACUACAUCGAUGAGAGUGAGGUGUUAACCCCUGCCGAUGAUACGUACCACGUCGAGAAAAGUGGCUUCAAGGUCCCCUUUGUUUGUGGAUGCAGGAACUUGCCCGAGGCGUUAAGACGUAUCGCCGAGGGAGCCGCCAUGAUCCGCACUAAGGGCGAAGCGGGAACUGGUGACGUCGUCGAGGCUGUGAAGCACAUGCGUACCGUCAACCGCGAUAUCGCGAGGGCGAAAGCUACCCUUCAAGAGGGUGGCGAUCUAGCUAUUAGAGCUUUAGCGAGGGAGUUCGAAUGCGAUGCCGCCCUUUUAAAGCAGACGGCAGAGUUGGGACGCUUACCCGUGGUCAACUUUGCCGCCGGCGGAGUGGCGACCCCGGCGGAUGCGGCAUUGAUGAUGCAGUUGGGCUGCGAUGGAGUUUUCGUCGGUAGCGGUAUAUUCAAGUCUGGAGAUGCCGCUAAGAGAGCGAAGGCUAUCGUGAGGGCUACAACGCAUUAUCAAGAUCCGAACGUGUUAGCCGAGUGUAGUGAAGGACUCGGUGAAGCCAUGGUCGGCAUAAGCGUAAACAGCAUGAAACCCGAACAAAAGAUGGCUGGAAGAGGAUGGUGAUUGGAUUUAAGACGAUGGGGGAAUCCUAAUUUCAACAAUCGGAUACCGUAGUCGAUCUACAUUGCGGGAAACAAGAGGCAAAAUCAUGUGGGUUUAAACGUGCGCCCCUCCGACACGAUAUGUGUCCGCAACCGUGUAUUACGCGACGACGUAGCUAUAUCUAUGUAUCUCAUCAACAAGAUCGUAGCCACAAACUUCGGAUAUCCGAAUUCAACAUUAGCGACAAUCUAAACUUGAUUACUUCACGCUGGUAAAUCGCUCCAAAUCAAGUCGCUCAGUGUCUGGUUAGGGGUAAAAUAUCGCUCUACACAGGAUUCCGCGCGGAUGAUCAGAUCUGCAACCAUACGGCCAAAGACAACACAUCCGUGCGGAUUUAGAUGUGUCGUGUCCGACAUGUCUUCGCCAUAGUUGUAUUCUUGCGCGGCUUCUUUCCCUAUCGCAUCGAUGUACUCCAGGCUUGCUUCGUUG